AUCCAGACUUUAAGGACCUGGGAGUUUUGAAACCAUUGCCAGUUUGUGAGUUUGAGAUGGGAGGACCUGAAGGAAUUGUGGAAUCUGUGCAAAUUGUGAAGGAAGGAAAAGCUUCUGAUACGGAGGCAGUUGACUGUAAAUGGUACAUCCGAGCACCACCACGAUCCAAGAUCUAUUUACGAUUCUUGGACUAUGAAAUGCAGAAUUCAAAUGAAUGCAAAAGGAAUUUUGUGGCUGUCUAUGACGGAAGUAGCUCGGUGGAGGAUUUAAAAGCUAAAUUUUGUAGCACUGUUGCUAAUGAUGUGAUGCUGCGUACGGGUCUUGGGGUAAUCCGCAUGUGGGCAGAUGAAGGCAGUCGAAACAGCCGAUUCCAGAUGCUUUUCACAUCUUUCCAAGAACCCCCCUGUGAAGCCAACUCAUUUUUUUGCCAUAGUAAUAUGUGUAUUAAUAAUACAUUGGUCUGCAAUGGACUCCAGAACUGUGUGUAUCCUUGGGAUGAGAACCACUGUAAAGAAAAAAGAAAGGCUAACAUUUUGGACCAACUUAACAAUACCAGUGGGACUAUAAUUGGGGUGACCUCUUGCAUUGUGAUCAUCCUCCUUAUUAUCUCUGUUAUAGUACAGAUCAAGCAACCUCGUAAAAAAUUUGUCCAAAGGAAAACAGACUUUGAUCAAACAGUAUUCCAGGAGGUGUUUGAGCCUCCUCAUUAUGAGUUAUGUACUCUUAGAGGGACAGGGGCUGCAGCUGACCUUGCAGAUGUUGCAGAUGACUUUGAAAAUUAUCAUAAACUGCGGAGAUCAUCUUCAAAAUGCAUUCAUGACCAUCACUGUGGAUCACAACUGUCUAGCACUAAGGGCAGCCGUAGUAACCUCAGCACAAGAGAUGCUUCUAUCUUGACAGAAAUACAACCCCAGCCUGUAAAGCCCCUCAUCCAGCCCAUGAACAGGAGAAAUAUCCUUGUCAUGAAGCAUAGCUACUCACAAGAUGCUGCAGAUGCAUCUGAGAUAGAUGAAAUUGAAGAGGUACCAACUACAAGUCACAGGCUGUCAAGACAUGAUAAAUCUGUCCAGCGACUGCUUGAGAAUAGUGCGCUCCUGAGUGAUUUUGAACAUGCUACAAUGAAAUGUGAAACUAUGGACCAUGGAAACACCAGCUAGAUGUUUUAUGGACUCUCUGACCACCUUUUCUCAUAUCAUGAUAAAGUUCAGCAAACUGUAUUGAGUAAAAUUACUAGAUGGCAAUAAGACUCUAAUUAUCAUCAUUAUUAGUCAUUUUUCUUUUUCUUUUUUUCCUCUUUUUAAAUUUGGUUAUGAAGUAAGAUACCCAAUUUCAGGAACAGUUUAUUGAAAUCAGGUAUUUAACCAUUCAUAAUCACUUCAAUAGAAAUGUUUGUUGGAUAUGCAUCUAGCAAAAUGAUUGAAUUUGACCAGUGAGAAAAUAAUCUGCAUGUAUGUUACUGAAUAUUUGAGUUGGCAAAAAAAAUCCCUUUUAUUAGAUACAUUGUAAAAAGCAUGCAUUCACAAUUACUGUUGUUACUGUUCCAUUUCUUUGUGUCAUAUGCUUGCUACUUGUAACUUUUUAUAUAAAGAUACAUAAAACAAUGUAUAAUAAUUUCUUACCUUGAGUUUUAAGAUAAUGUUUUCAUUUACUGAUGAAGCAAAACAAUUUUACACAGAAAUUUACCAACCUGUUUCUACAAGAUUAUACUCAAUAUUCAGCUUUCGGGAACUAAAAAUCAAACCAAACAAAUACUUUAGAAUCACCUCUGCCCUCCAACA